AAGGAGCACUAGCACAGGUGUGUCACAACUCACCAGCCACCUGGGUUAGAGCAUGAGCUUCUUUGACCCACAAACGCACUCCCCUCCACGCUGCAGCCCACAGUUCCCAAAUAUCGGCCAAGAACCUCCGGAGAUGAAUAUCUACUACGAGAACUUCUUCCAUCCACAGAAUAUCCCGAGUCCCCAGCGACCGAGCACCUUUGAGACGACGGAUUACAACGGCACUCCCAAUCCUUACCUCUGGCUAAAUGGACCUUCCAUGACCCCGCCGCCGUAUCUGCCGGGAUCCAACACCAGCCCCUUCAUACCGCAGUCGUACGGGAUGCAGAGGCAGCUCCUGCCCAACAUGCACAGCUUGGGAGGAACUGACCUUGGCUGGCUUCCCCUCCCGUCCCAAGAGGAGCUCAUGAAGUUGGUGAGACCGCCUUACUCCUACUCUGCCCUCAUUGCCAUGGCCAUCCAUGGGGCACCCGACAAGAGGCUGACUCUGAGCCAGAUCUACCAGUACGUGGCUGACAACUUCCCGUUCUACAACAAAAGCAAGGCUGGCUGGCAGAAUUCCAUACGGCACAACUUGUCUCUCAACGACUGCUUCAAGAAGGUGCCUCGAGAUGAAGAUGAUCCAGGAAAAGGGAAUUACUGGACUCUGGACCCAAACUGUGAAAAGAUGUUUGACAAUGGAAACUUCCGCAGGAAGCGAAAGAGAAAGUCUGACAUUGAGGCCAGCGCUGCUAGUCUUGGAUCUGAGAAAUCCGAGGACGGUACCCUGACUGGCAGCCCCAAAGCUGCAGAGCAUCAAGAUAUCUUGGAAAACUCAUCGUCUGGGACUGACAAUUCACCUGAGAAAGGGUCUCCUCCUCCCUCUUCCAGCAGCCCGUGCCUCAGUAACUUCCUCUCCAGCAUGACCGCCUACGUCCAUGGCUCCAACUCGGGGAGCCGCUCCGGGCCCGUGGGACUCAGCUCUGAACCCAUUGACAAAAUGGGGCAGAACAUGGUAGGCUUCAACUCCUAUUCCCCACUCUCCAGUAUCCCCAGCCAUGGUGUGGGAGACUGGUCCAAUUCCGUGCCUUCCGGUCACCUUGGCCACAGUAACUCGGUGCUCAACCAGUUUAACACCCAUUUUUACAGCAGCCUCAGCACAAACAACACCCUGUACUCCAGGGAAGGGACAGAGGUUUAAAUGAAGGAUUCUAGGACACUAGAGGAUAGUUAUUUAUGAGAGGAAAUGAUCCAUGGGCAGGUGAUUAGCAUUAGCCUCUUGUCUCUAGGGCCACACUGCAUCCUCCUCCUGACAGCCACCCACUUGUUACCCAUUAUACUUAAAUCACAAACACUUCACAUUUGGCAACUGCACGUGAAAGAACAGGGAGCACAAGAGGAAGAAUAGUGAAAAGUUCUCCUCAGACACUGCUUGUACUGCUGCCAACCAGGUCCUCUACAGAAGUCCUUGAGAAGUUACAGUUUGCCUUAGGCAGGAGGCUCUUUGUGGCAUGGCAUUUAACCUUGCUGUGCUUUUUAAAGUGAUACCAGAAGAGUGGUGUUACUUUUAAAUAUCCUGUCUUCAGGUGUAGGCUGCCUGUACUAAAUGCUCAGCAAGUCCUUAUUUGGCCAAAGCUCUCCUGAGCACUGCAGAAUCCAUAAUCAAAACCAUUGUAUAGUGAGUAUACACUUGAAUGGUGAGUGCUGUCUCUGGCUUUCUCUCAUGCCAGCGCAGACCUUGUCUAAAGCUUGAUCCCCUUCCAGUCCCAGGGGGAAUGUGGCUGUGCAGCAAACUGACAUCAUCAUGGACACAACAGGAAUUUUGAAGCUGAAGGGAAACAUAAAAAACACACUGGAAUUGUCUUUUGCUGUUGGAUCUUUGUGUUUUCAGUUCUAAUUACAGGGUCAAUUUUAUUCCUUACACAUGUAAAUCUAGUCACAUAAGGGAAACAGGAUCUGUUCCGACAUGUAUAUAUUUAAGAUAUGUUUUUUCUAAGAAGAAAACACAUUUGUUAUAUCUUAACAUUCUACAUAAAUAAUUUCUACUGAGUAAAGGGUUUGAAUACUGGGGUGGGAGGUAAAGGAAGAAGAAAAGGGAGGUAAGAAGUUUAACUAUCUCUGAAUUUCAGUACCAAAGGCUGGAUCUUUCAGAGUAUCAGCUGCAGAUAUUGUAAAAAGUCUUUGUACUGUAUUUUUUUUUUUUUUCAUUUUCUAAAAGUCCAUGCUGUUUAUCCUUGUGUAAAUAUUAAAAAUAAUUCUUAUUUUUCCUACACUUUACUGUAGCAACAAACAUUUCAAAAUACAGAUCUUUUUU